CGUAGAAGGACUAAUAUCUUUUCUUGUUGUAUUAGCGAUACACAAACAUUCUCAAUGGCUCUUCUGAAAACACCAUUGUCUCCGAAAUUGGACAAAAUUGGCGUUAAGUUCCAUCUUCCACAGAGUCAACAAACUGCACUCAUACCUCAGGAAUGUUCAAUGAGUGUUGCAGCUAACAUGGGAGAAACAGACCAGUGGGUGAUCGCCAAGUAUGACUACAAGGCAGAGAAUAGCAAAGAGCUGGACAUGAAAAAGAAUGAGAAACUCAUUCUUGUUGACGAUACCAAAGAAUGGUGGAUGGUUCAAAAUAGCCGGAACAAAUCCGGUUAUGUGCCAUCAAAUUACGUUAAACGAUCAAAACCCUCAUUUUUCUCUAGUCUAAAAAGUACUCUUGGUCGGAAGCAUAAAAAUGAAUCAAAAGGGGUAGGUAGUCCAGUUGUGAGUAGAAACGGCAGUAGUUCCGGUCUUGGAGCACUGCCGCUUCCACCAUCGGACACUGGAAGUGAUAAAAAUAGCACAAAUAGUGAUAAUGUUCAGGUGUGUGAUCCGGUUCAACCAGCGUUUGUGAAAUAUAAUUAUACAGCUCAGCAACAAGAUGAGCUGUCAUUGACAAAAGGUGAAACUGUAGUGGUGCUAGAAAAGUCAAGUGAUGGAUGGUGGAAUGGCCGGAAAGGUAACUCAACUGGCUGGUUUCCAUCAAAUUAUGUGGAAUUACAAACUCAUACAAAUGAUAAUGCAGAAAUGACAGGCUAUACAACGGCAGCGUCAUUAGACAUUGCAACCUCGCAAGAAAUUGUGACUGCUUUAUAUAGCUUUUCUGGAACAACCGGUGAAGAGCUAAGUUUUGAAAAGGGAGAUAAACUUGUUAUAAUAGACAAGCCACCAGAGGACCCGGAAUGGUGGCGAGCGCGGAAUUCUCGAGGUGAAGUAGGGUUAGUGCCAAGAAACUAUGUUCAAAUUGUUGAAGAAGGGGGUAGUGAUAUAUCUGCCACAAACAGUUCUUGUACCCCUCAGUCCCAGUCCACUAGUAGUCUGUCAAAUACUUCCAGUUUAGGGGCCAGUGGGAGAAAACAAUUCUGUGUCUCUGGACCCCUCUCUGACAAAGAUUGGUAUUACGGGAAAAUAACACGGCAACAAUGUGAAGAAAUGUUAUUGAAGUAUGCAGGUGAUGGAGAUUUCAUCAUUAGGGAUAGUGAAUCUACUGCUGGGCAUUACACUGUGGUAUUAAAAGCACCAGACAGGAACAAACAUUUUCGUGUGCAAGUAAAUGAAGGACUCUAUCAUAUUGGAGCGCAAAAAUUCAUUUCAAUGGACGAUCUUAUAGAACAUUACAAAAAGCACCCGAUCUACAAGUCAGACACUGAAAAAUUGUACCUCAUUAAAGCAUUUACCUACCCUUCAGAUUUCUGAUGUUAAAUAAAAAGAAACAUGCACUUCCAAAUUCCUAAUGAUCAUAAUUUGCAAUAAAUGUAAUAAGUCACUCCUUCAAAUAUAUUUAUGCAUUUCAUCAGAGGAAAUUCUCCCAGAUCUUGAGACAAUAUAACGAAUCAAAUGUGAUAUGUAUGUUACUUAAAAUAUAAAUGAACUUCACAAAAGGAGAUUGCUAUAAGAAUGUGAAUUCAGUUUGUGAGUUGAUAAAGAGUUACAACCCUUUGCACAUAUUUAGGAAUGGUGGAAGAGGCAUUAUGGGUAUGAAGCUGCAAUUUAUUGACCAAUGAAGGGAGAGGAAUGACUAGGAUGUGAAGAUAGGGCCAAAGAUAUAAUAAAACUUUGUAUUAAAUUGUAAAUUUUACACUGAUACAUGUAUAAAUGGUUCUGUUAUUGAG